CAGCCGCAGCUCCGCUCCUGCACACCUCCUCACCGAGUCUCCUGCUCUCAGCCGUGAAUGAUGCUUUAUUGAUACAGCGUUAUGAGUGAGAGGGACAGCGCUCAUAAUCCUCUUAGGAGCAUUAUGCUGAGCCUCGUUCCCGCCCUGACAUGCGGCGCGCCCUUGUAAUUUCCCAAAAACCGGAGUCAGCAUCUCUGCGUCUGCCGCGCGCAGCUGGAGCGACGGUCCCCCGCGGCACGGACCGAGCAGCCGGCGGAGCAGGUGACCGCCGCUCUCCUGCCGCUCUCCUCCAGUCAAGUCCUCCGCAAAAACUCUUUUUCCUGCACGCCAUAAUCCGCGCCGUCCUUCCGGAGGAGGAUCUGCUUUGAAUCGGGUGUCAAACCGGAAUAAACGCGGGUUUUUCUGCUGACGCGCAUUUGCGCCUCCGCGGGCUCCUGACCAGCGAGGGAGCGUUUUUACCCGUCUUUACCUGUUGUCACUGCGCUCACGUUAGCGGCGAGCCGAUGCCUGAGUGAUUAUGUUGUCAUAGCAACAGGUAACUGUCUGCAUCCUCCAUCACCCCAACACUCAUCGCUCCAGUGCUUUUUCUUUUUACCCGCUGAGCUGGAAAGGCGCUCAGGAUUCGUGCGUGUGUCCCUCCGCAGGUUCCCGCAGCGAAGAUGAAACGCGGCCGUCUGCAGGAGCUCCGGGCAGGAGGAGCCAUGCUCCCUACAUAAGUUCAUCCUCAGAGAGGAGACUGCAAACAUGAGGAGGCUCCGGCGCAGUCGCGUCCUCUUCUUCAUCUCAGGUGUGCUGCUGUGCUUCGUCUACACUCUGACUCUGAAGGCCAAGCUGUCUCAGCUGCCCGCCUCUGCGGGGGCGGAGGGGGGGCAUGACGAGGUCCUGGAGGUCAGGGUCCGAGAGCUGCUGGGGCCCAACGAGACGGAGGCCGCAGCGCCGGGGAGCACCCAGCCGCCUCUGCUGGUCGUUGUCAACAGGACCGACAUUGAACAGUGUGUCUAUGUUGACCCUCUGCCACCUAAACCUCCCCCCACCCCUCCACCACUCACCACAAGCCCUCCUGCCCACCCCCCUGGGCUGCCCCCUCACAGAAAGGGAGACUACCCCGAGGACCUCUUCACAAUAGAGCAGCGCAGACAGGGCUGGGUGCUCCUGCACGUCUUAGGCAUGAUCUACAUGUUUGUGGCUCUGGCCAUCGUCUGUGACGAGUUCUUCGUCCCGGCGCUGGAAGUCAUCACCGUCAAGCUGGAGAUCUCUGAUGACGUGGCUGGAGCCACCUUCAUGGCAGCUGGAGGCUCAGCCCCAGAGCUCUUCACCUCCCUGAUUGGUGUCUUCAUCUCCCAUAGCAACGUGGGCAUUGGCACUAUUGUGGGCUCUGCCGUGUUCAACAUCCUGUUUGUGAUCGGCAUGUGCGCCAUCUUCUCUCGGGAGAUGCUGCACCUCACCUGGUGGCCUCUCUUCAGAGAUGUGACCUUCUACAUCCUGGACCUCAUCAUGCUUAUCAUCUUCUUCCUGGACAACGUCAUCCUCUGGUGGGAGAGUAUCUUGCUGGUGCUGGGCUACAUGUCCUAUGUGAGCUUCAUGAAGUUCAACUCCCAAAUCGAGCAGAUGUUCAAAGGUCAGCUGAACAAGCACAUGAGCAUCGUCAAGGUGUGGACCGCCGAGGAGCCGGAGAAGGAGAGCGAAGCAGCCCCUCUUCCUGCUCCUCCACCUCCUCCUGCUCCUCCUGCUGCUGCUGCACCUCCAAAAGCUGAGGAGAAACCCAAAGCAGAAGGCGAGCGGCCCCCCAGCAGUGCUCACUGCAACAGCCUGCAGGCAGACCCUCAACAGGACAAGACAAGGCUGAGGGUGCGUCCUGUCCUGCAGAGAGGCGGCAGCUCGGCUUCCCUCCACAACACUUCACUGAGGAACACCAUCUUCCAGCUGAUGAUCCACACUCUGGACCCUCUGGGAGAAGAAGCAGCACUUAGAGGCGCCGUUAAGUCCACGCCACUGAAGAAGGUCAGAGGAGAAGCCUCCUUUAAUGGUGAUGUCAGAGGGGGGAAGCCCGUGCAAAGGAAAGCAAAGAACAAAGUAAAACCUCUGGAUGUUCCACCAACAGAAAAACUACAGAACAAGUUUGCUCAGAACCACUCUGAAGUCCUUUUUCCUUCAGAUGGAGAUCAAAGAGCAAAGAGUGAGCAGCCAGACGCCGAUGGACCACCAGGGGGCGAGCCAUCGUCCUCACAGCCUGCCAAGACUGAGGAGCAGAAGAAGACUACGGACAAUGCAGAGGAGUCAAAAGCGUCAGCUGCUUCAGAGGGGGGGUUGGAGGGCUCUGACGGCAGCAGCGAGGACGAGAGUGGGAACGAGGAGAGCAGUGACCCCAGCGAGAGCGAUGAGGAUGAAGAGAAGGCCCCAGAGGAGAAUGAGGAAGAGGAGAAGGAGCCGCUCUCUCUGGAGUGGCCCGACACUCCUCGGAAGCAGGCCACCUACCUGUUUCUGCUGCCCAUCAUUCUGCCGCUGUGGUUCACGUUGCCUGACGUCCGCAACGUGACGUCCAGGAGGUUCUUUGUCAUCACAUUUCUUGGUUCCAUUUUCUGGAUUGGCAUCUUCUCCUACAUGAUGGUGUGGUGGGCUCAUCAGGUUGGAGAGACUAUCGGGAUCUCAGAGGAGAUCAUGGGCCUAACCAUCCUUGCAGCUGGGACCUCCAUCCCUGACCUGAUCACCAGUGUGAUUGUGGCCCGUAAAGGUCUGGGAGACAUGGCCGUGUCCAGCUCAGUGGGCAGCAACAUCUUCGACAUCACUAUGGGUCUGCCAAUUCCGUGGCUCCUCUACACCCUCCUGCACAACGGCGACCCCGUGGUGGUCAGCUCAAACGGCCUCUUCUGCGCCAUCGUGCUGCUCUUCCUCAUGCUCCUCUUCGUCAUCAUUUCCAUUGCUGCCUGUCGCUGGAAGAUGAGCAAAAUGCUGGGGCUCACCAUGUUCGUUCUGUACUUUGUGUUCCUUGUUCUGAGUGUCCUGCUGGAGGACCGGAUCCUUACCUGUCCCAUCUCAAUCUGACCCCCCCAGAGGAUCUCGGCUGUAGACACAGUCAGGUCGAUGCACUCGGUCAGAUGUCCCAUGGCUGCUCACACUCACUGGUUUUAUGUUGAUCAAGGAAAUUUCCCCCUAAAAAGAGACUUCAAAGAUGGUGGCGUCUUUAGAAUCAGAAUGGAAACCACUGUCGGGUUGCAACAGUCAAUUUCUCUAGAAAAUUGCUCAAAAAAAUUAUUUUACAAAGAUUUUUGUUUUAAAUCUGAGUAAUCUUUUGAAGCUUUAACUCUUAAUUUUUUUUUUUUACUUGAAAUACUAAUGAUGCCCCCAAAAAUAUUGUUUCUUCUUUUGUAUUUAUUAAAAAUUGUUAUGGGGUAUUUGACUUCUUUGGUUUUCCAUGCUGAAGGCAAAUUGUUACAGUUAAAUUCAGUAAUCAUUGAGGAAAUUCCUUUGGCUUUAGUCCAGCCAGUAUUCUCCAGUCUGGGGUUUCCGGCGUCACCUGCUGGAUGGUGGGAGGCGGGAAGGGAAGCAGGAUGCUGCCGAGACUGGAGCGUGGUGGAGGUUUGAUGAUCAACAUGUGUAGCACAUCGGAGAAGCAGUGUGGAGAACACUUUGUUUCUGCUGAAGAUCCACAGCAGUCUGACCUAAUGUGGGAGCCAUGGGGGGCUCAGGACAACAUACAGAGGACAUGGUCUAUGAUAUAACAUACAACUGAUUAGACUAUACUAGUAAAAAGUCAAAGUGGUUGUGGACAGUAAUCAGAUACUUUGUGAUUUCUAUCCAGAGUGCACAAUUACGGAAGCCGAAAAUGGCCUGCUUUACUUUUUUUUAAAAAUCGUUUUCUCGUUACAACGAGAUCUUUUUAUAACGAGAAAACGAAGUUUGUUUUCUAUUCAUAACGAGAUAAUCAAGAAUGGAGAAUAAUGCGAUCCCCCCUUCCUUUCAGAGACACAGAGACUUCACCUGAUUGAAAACACUCCACAAAUACUGUUUUUAGUCUAUUUUUUAUUUAUUAGUGGAUCUAUGCUCUUUAAACAUCUUAAUUCAGUCUCAUGCACCAGCCUCUCCCUUAAUUUCUCCAAAAACCCCAAACAAACAUUGAUAGAUUGACAGAAUUCAAGUCUGCAGAGCGUGUCUGCAUGGUGCAUUCACUGAGCUCUGGACAUCAGCAGCAAAACAAAGCAGUUUAUCAGAGAAAACAAUGAUCCAUAUUUAAUCGAUUGAUUAAAUAGUGCCAACAUUUUUUCUGAAAAACGGCUUUGUUUCCCUGAGGUUGUAUAAAAAUGACAAAAGCAUAGUAACAGAUUGAGUUUGGCCGACUGACUGUAUUGGUCUGCUAAUGUCCGGAGUUCACUGAACGCAUCGUGCAGAGAUUCUUGACGGUGCUGCGAUCUAUCAAUCAGCCUGCUCGGAGGUUUGGAGGAAAUAACGGGAAGAGGGCUGGUGCACGAGAUGGAAUGAAGACGUUUGAGGAGCGUAGAGCCACUAAUAAAAUAAUAAAAGAACUAGACUAAAAACUACUUUAGUGGAGUGUUCUUCUGUUGUUUUUCUUGCUAACCACAAAAUAAAUAGACUUAAAACAGAUGAAGUCUCUGCAUCUCCGUGCGGGAAAACGACUGCGAGAUGCUUCCUUCUUCGUUAUUGAUUAUCUCGUCAUCACAAGAAAACAAACUUUGUUUCCUCAGGAAAACAAAGUUUGUUUUCUCGUUAUAUCAAAUUACUAUCUCGUUUUCUCAAGAAAACGAAGUCUGUUUUCUUAUGAUAACGACAUAUUAUGUCGUUAUCAUAAGAAAACAAUCCAAAAAAAAGUAAGGCAGGCUGUUUUCGGCUUCCGUACACAAUAGUCUGAGACUAAACAACGAUUGGAGCCGAGAAAAAAAACAGCUUAGACAACUGCUUGUUUUGGAGGAAAAUUCUUUAGACAAUUUUCUCUUUAUUCACUUCCAGCUAGUCUGACAGCCGUAGAACAUUUCAACCCUGUGAGGUUCACUGUGCAGAAGUUCACAUCCCUGUAUGCAACUCUACGUUCAGUCUGUUCUGAAUGGGGCGUCUCUUCUUUUCUGCAUUUAGUCCAAACAGUGUUUGUAGGGUUUUACUGCAGAAAUACAUCCGAGUCCGUCUGUGGUGGAGCGUCUGUGCUUCUGUGUUGGAGUGUGUGACAGAGAAACCUGUUGUAGCUGUAAGUAAAGCCUGAGCGUCGCCUAUCUGUUGUGUUUCCUGCUCUUGGACUGGAUGCAAACAUGGACCAUUUGCUGAUGUGGAAACUUAAUUUCUCUGUAAAUCCACAUUCCAUGUUGCAAUAAAUUAUUUUUCUAAAAGUGA